UAAAAUGUGCUUUUCAAAGUGCUGAGAGGUUGAUGGGAACGUUUGAUUAGCUCCUCUGAGAAGAAAAGGUGCUUGGACCUCUUGAUUCUGCUUGAGAAUAAUUUGGAUGGGAUUUGUGAUGCAGAAAAGCUUAAGGAGAAAGGAUAUCCAUUCCGUGUGGUGGAAACGUCUUGGGAAAAAAAAUUGCUGUCUUCAAACAAGGGUGCCGUUUUGAUAUUUAUGGUGAUUGUUGUCCUCACUAUGAAGUCAUCUGUUAUUGAAAUGUUCCUUGUUUUGCUGGUGACUGGAAUACAUUCAAAUAAAGAAAUGACAAAGAAGACUAAAAGGCCUAAAUUCACUGUGCCUCAGAUCAACUGUGAUGUCAAAGCUGGAAAGAUACUCAAUCCUGAGUUCAUUGUGAAAUGUCCGGCAGGAUGCCAAGACCCCAAGUACCGCGUUUAUGGCACGGACGCCUACGCUUCCUUCUCCAGCCUGUGUGCUGCUGCGGUUCACAGUGGUGUGCUCGAUAACUCAGGAGGGAAGAUCCUUGUUCGGAAAGCAGCUGGACAGUCUGGCUACAGGGGGAGUUAUUCCAACGGCGUCCAGUCCUUGCCUCUGCCGCGGUGGAGGGAGUCCUUCGUCGUCGCAGAAGGUAGACCCCAAAAGGGCGUAACCUAUCCAUCGGCUCUUGCAUAUUCAUCAGCUAAAAGCCCAGCUGCCAAAGCAGGUCAGACCACAAAAGCCUAUCAGAAGCCAUCAGUUCCCGGGACAACUGCACAGCCAGUCACCCUGAUGCAGGUACCGGGGACCACCCCCGUGGAAGCCACCCACACCACCUUGCCAAAGCCAACCCCAUCUGCAGGCUCUGCCACCAGCAACCCCAGGCCACAGCCCAUGGGCCAGAGGAGCCGAGAGCUGGAUCUCUGGCCCACCACCAGCUACCCAAGCAGCCCGAACAGCCCCCGAACCAACCCAGGGGAAAUGGACCUGUGGAAACCUGGAUUAGACGCAGGGUUUGUUGCAAAAGACGAAGCAAGCACACAGUCUCUGGACCCCGAGUCCCAGGGAGACCCAAACUGCAAAGUGGACGUAGCGUUCUUGAUCGACGGGAGCUCGAGCAUUGGCAGGCGUCGAUUCCGGCUCCAGCAGCAGUUCCUGGCUGACGUUGCCCAGGCUCUGGGCAUCGGCCCGGCGGGCCCGCUGAUGGGUGUUGUUCAGUACGGAGACAACCCUGCUACCCAAUUUAACCUCAAGACUCACAUGAAUUCCCAAGAUCUGAAGACAGCCAUAGAGAAAAUCACCCAGAGAGGAGGGCUGUCUAACGUAGGCCGGGCCAUCUCCUUCGUGACCAAGAACUUCUUUUCCAAAGCCAAUGGGAACAGAGGCGGUGCUCCCAACGUGGCCGUGGUGAUGGUGGACGGCUGGCCCACGGACAAGGUGGAGGAGGCCUCCAGGCUCGCCAGAGAGUCCGGGAUCAACGUUUUCUUCAUCACCGUUGAGGGUGCUGCUGAAAACGAGAAGCAGUUCGUGGCGGAGCCCAACUUUGCGAACAAGGCCGUGUGCAGAACGAACGGCUUCUACGCGCUCAGUGUGCCCAGCUGGCUCAGCCUCCCCAAGAGCGUGCAGCCCCUGGUGAAGCGGGUCUGCGACACCGAGCGCCUGGCCUGCAGCAAGACCUGCCUCAACUCGGCCGACAUCGGCUUUGUCAUCGACGGCUCCAGCAGCGUGGGGACGAGCAACUUCCGCACGGUCCUCCAGUUUGUGGCCAACGUGAGCAGGGAGUUCGAGAUCUCGGACACGGACACGCGCGUCGGGGCCGUGCAGUACACCUACGAGCAGCGGCUGGAGUUUGGGUUUGACGCCUACAGCACCAAGCCUGACGUCCUCAGUGCCAUCAAGAGGGUGGGCUACUGGAGCGGGGGAACCAGCACCGGAGCCGCCAUCAACUUCGCCCUGGAGCAGCUCUUCAAGGAGUCCAAGCCCAACAAGAGGAAGCUGAUGGUCCUCAUCACCGACGGCAGGUCCUACGAUGACAUCCGGAUUCCCGCCACGGCCGCCCACCGCAAGGGAGUGAUCACCUACGCAAUAGGCAUCGCCUGGGCUGCACAGGACGAGCUGGAAAUCAUCGCCUCUCACCCAGCCAGGGACCAUGCCUUCUUCGUGGAUGAGUUCGACCACCUCUACAGAUCGGUCCCCAAGGUCAUCCAGAACAUUUGCGCAGAGUUCAACUCCCGGCCUCGGAACUGACCUCGGAGCCGGCAGGCGCUGCCUUCCUGAGCGACCCGGGACGACGCCCAGGGCCUCGGGCCUGCGCAGGGCAGCGAGGCGCGUGGGCCGGAGAAGUGCUGUGUCACUACCGUUCUUUGCCAGUGUGGCUUUUCCACACUUCUAAACCUGGAGCUAGGAAGAUGGUCAUAAGUUUGCAGAAUGAGCCUAAAUGAUGCAUCCUUUUGAGGGUGCUGAGGGUUCCACAUUUUGACAGUUGUUUUCAAAAUAACUAUUCAGGAUCGAGUACAGCACUUAUGACAGGCUCAGCCAAAGCUUUUUUUUUUUUUAAUUUUUUACUUGUCAUUAGAACUCUGUAACCCUCAACAAGUUUUAUUUUUGUCCUGACAAUGUGGGAGUUGCUUAAUUAAAUAUUUAAAGGGA